UGGGACAGCGACCCUCAUGUCGCUAACUGUUAUUUGGAGAUAAGCUGUGAUAGUGCACUAUGAGCGAAUGGGUACGUGGGAGAAAUAAAGGGACGGCGGAACUCACUUAUCACCUGUUGCCACACAACGAUCAGUCUACGAACAUUGAUAACAGAGAUGCUCACUACAAUUUUUUGUUAUAAACUACGAAUGAGCAUAAUUUAA